AUGGAGGUAGAGUGUACAGUAGAUUCAGAGAAGUUUUCCUCAGGUGGAUUCCGUGAUGCUUACCACUGCAAGCUAACUGGCAAAUCUGCGGGCCAAAACAUUUCAAAUCGCUGGGUUAUCAAAACGUACAACGAGAAGUCCAAAGAAGUAAUUAGUACUCAAUUAAAAACUAAUAUAGAGAGCCAUUGUCGUAAGCAAGUACAAAUGCAUGAGGUAGCUAGGCACUUAACAAAGAAGUUCCAGUCACAGGCAUCACAAGAAAUGGGAAAGUGUUUUCAGUACAACCAUGUAUACUACACCACAAUAGACGAGAAACCAGCGACAGUUGAGGAAUUUGUUCCAGGCCUCUUUGCCAAACUGAUUAAUAAUAAUGGCAAGAAGGCCGAUCUGCCUGAAGAUGCAGAUAAAGAUUUGAAAGAUUUGUUGGCCAAAGCAGAGUGCCUGGUUCACUAUACCUAUGAAUCAUCCAACCAACAACUCAUGUUACUUGAUAUACAGGGAUCUGGCUACUGUUUAUAUGAUCCCGAAAUAGCAACAAAUGAUAUCAUGGAUGCCAGCAGCUUAGAAUACUAUUUCUGCUGUGGAAAUUAUUCAUCCGUGGGCAUCACAUGCUUUCUCAAUGAACAUGAGUGCAAUGCCUACUGUAAGAUGAUGGACCUAAGUCAGUAA